GCAAGCGUACACAUUCCACAAACGCACACACACACACGCACGCAUCAUCAUCACAGCCCUUGUAGAUGUAGAUGUAGAACAUAUUUCGCCUCUAGGAAAAAAGGGCAGCCACUCGCGCUGAAGAAGAUUCCAGUAAAGUACUCCUUCCAAUAUAGCAACUCUCGAAAGCCACGCACCUACGGCUAGGACGGAAGUGCGUCAGUGCUACUUGUUUGUUAGUUUAAAGUUGUGGUCGGAAAAUCGUUCCCCUCCCUCCGCCGAGCGGAACGAUUUAUCCCGCCGUAGAUCUGUGAUAACAUUUGUAGGUUUAAGUUUCAAAUCAUCCAGUCCAGCACACGGAAACCACGGAUCAGUAGUGUCUGUCGAUUUGUCGAUUGCAACUUGACGAUAGCUGGACAAUUCCGUCCAACGCGAAAGGGCCUGGUGCUCCGUCCUCGCAGAUUAAAUAAAAACCAAAAAAGGAGUUCCUUCCAUCAAAGGAACGUUUUCUUUCGUAUUAAACCGGUGAAAAGCUUCCCAUUUCUCCUUGCAUUCACGUCGUUCACAUCGCGCAAGAUGCUUGUGGACAGCACAGCCCUGGGCGGCGAGACGAUGAUAGGAGGAAUCUGAAGUGUACUAAUCUGUACGUUCGUUUUGAGUUGCGUUACUGUGACCUAGCUGCAGCACACGCAGCGAACGCACUAGCGUAACACCAGCCAGUGAUUCUAUCCCGACCACUGCUACUUUGGUCGUCGAGAUAUGGAAACUAUUAACCGAAGGCAACUCCAGCCGAAGGAGGAGCUGAUCGAGAGCAGCACAUCGUCCAGGAUGACCUCGCUGGAGGUUGGAGGUGGCGAGCAUCAUCCGGGGGCAUUUAUCGAGCAGCUGGAUCACAGGAAAAUCGCGCCCCGCAGGCGCUACUCACUUCCCGCAAACACCCCCAAAGCCAUCGAAACGAUUUCCGCACCAUCAACGAACGACGGCGGUGAUGUUGCUGUGGCUGCUGUUGGUGGUGCUUCUAGUGACGCCGUUCAGCCAUCGGAUGCGACGAUCCGCACUAGCCAUAACGAUUACGACGACGACGACGACGAAAAGCCGACCCAUAUUGAUACUGUGACAUUGAAAUGUGAUUUAAAUGAUUACCUGAUUAACCUUAUAGAUGUUAGCUGUAGUUUAGCACGGUCGGAUGGUCGAGCCGGUUUGCCACCACGGAAUGCUGUACCUUCGUCCCAGGGUAGCAAGAUGGUGGCUCGUGAUAAUAUCAGUUUGAAGGGCUCGGGCCGUCGUACGCACGGCGGGCCAACCUACACGCACUUCGACGAGCUUGUGCGCUGUACCGAGCGUGAGCGCGAAUGGUUGCGACGUGGCCUAUCGCACCGGCUGCCCCGGCUAAGGUUGUGCGGUGGUGGUGAAGAUUCCAUCAACAAUGGUACCAGUGCGUGGGGUACGCCGCCUGGCGCUUCCAGCAACGGAGCGCUAAGCGCAUGGGGCAUGUUGCCAAAUCAGCAGCAGCAGCAGCAGCAGCAACACCAACAGCAACAGCCAUUAGCUCCGUCCGCUUGGAGCAGCGUGAACAGCAACAGUGGCCCAGGAAGCAACAACAACAACAACCCUGGACCGAACGUCAAUACUGCGAAUGGCAAUGGAAAUGGUGCGAAUGUUGUCCCGCAGCGUGGCGGAGGAGGCUCCUCCAACGCCGACCCAAAUUCCAACAAAGCGAACGCUCAACCGACUUCCACCCCGAACGCUUGGAAUGCCACCGUUAAUCAUGGGCGCCAUGGUGCUAAUGCAGCAGCCAAUGUCGCCAACAACAACGGCAACCAUCCACACGGCCAUAAUAAUAAUAAUAAUCAGCAACAGCAGCAGCAGCAGCAGCAACAACCGCAGCAGCAGCAACAUGCAGCUAAUAUGGGUGCUAGCAAUAAUAAUGGCGCCGGAAAUGGAGCCGCGAAGAACCAGCUCGAGGUGCUCAGUACGAUGCGCGAUGCGCUGUUCAGUCAGGAUGGUUGGGGCUGCCAGCAUGUCAAUCAGGACACGAACUGGGAGGUGCCGGGCUCACCCGAACCUCAGGGUGCUGCUGGCAAUGCUGGCGCUGCUGCCGUUGCCAAGCCAGAAGGUGCUGGACCGCACGGAACCGGCCCGAACGGAAGCUGGAAGGCACAAACCAUGAACAACGGUACCGAGCUGUGGGAAACCAAUCUACGCAACGGUGGCGGUGGACCCCAUCUCCAGCAACAGCAACAGCAGCAGCAACAACAGCAGCAGCAGCAACAACAACAAGCUCAACAGCAUCUGGCACAAGCGAAGGCUGCCCCAUGGGUUCCGGCGAACAAUCUCGGCGGAACUUGGAUGGAAGACGAUGAAGCUGCCGGUGGUGCACCGGGUGGUACGGAUGCGGCUGCUAGCGUAUGGAAUGGCAGCGCGGCUGCAAUCGUCGCGGGCACGGCCGUAGGACCAGGCGUUGGUCCCGCUCCAUCCUGGGGUGCUCUUAACAAUGGCAAUGUUGUACCGGCUCCACCGGCGGCUGCAACGGUCGCAGGGGGAAUGUGGCCUACGGGUGGCAAUACGCCCGCCAUCACGACAGCGGGAGCCCCCAGCGCAGGAUCCAUGAACAAUCCGCAAAUGGCUGCAAUCGGUGUGAAGAAAGAUCUGAACGAAUGGGGAGCCGGUGGCGGCGUGGGCCAAGUCGGGGCUGUUGGUUCAGGCUCGAUCGGCGUCCCCGGUGCCCCGGCACAAGGCGGUUGGGGGGCAGAUGCACGAGCAGCGGCGGGCGUUACGGGAGCUUUACCGUCCGUUGGCGGUGGUGCAAACGUGAACGGACCAACGGCGGGUGGCUUCAACAUUGGCUCUACGCUCGGUGCGGCCGCCGAUGGACUUCGUGGCGAUCCACGGGGCAUUUCCGGACGGCUCAAUGGUGCCGCUGCCGGCAGUAUGUGGGGAGCGUCAGUUCCCGACCAACGAUCGAUGUCUGCUGGAGCGGGCGGAGGUGCCGUUCUGCCGGGAGCGGUAAGCGCCGUUGGUGGUGGACAGCAGCAGUGGGGCGGAAACGGCAACGCAGGGCCAGCCAAGCUGCCCACAGGUGGUUGGGACGAUGGCAGACCGUCCGCACUGGACGAUGCGCCCUGGGGACAGGGCAAUGCGGUCGGUGCUGGCGGUCCGGGAGCACUGGCCAGGCAGAACUCGGCCGGCUGGAAGGAUGUAUCCGAUGUGAUGAUGCGUCCGGGGGCAGGAGCUCCCGGCGGCGGUCCUAUGCAACAACGCAAUCAGCAGCAGGGCGGAGGGGCAGGGCCGUUCGGUCCGGUUCCGAUCCCAUCCGGCGCUGGCAGCGGUGUGCGGGGCUCUCUCGGCAAGGACGGCAUGUGGGGCGGUCAGGUGCAAGGCAUGGUACGGAACGGUUCGUGGGAAGACUCGGUCACCGGAGGGGGCUGGGGCGAUGAGAAGGGUGGUGGCUCCUGGAAUAUGGAUCUCGGCUCGAACGGUGGUGCAGGCUGGAAUAAGACGCCGGUCACCCCGAAAUCUGCCGGCAUUGGAUGGCCCGAUCCCAACGAUCUGACCGGCCCCGGCAUGGAUUGGGGUGGGCUCGGUGGUAAGCCCUCGGUCGGUGGUGCAAACAAACCGCCCGCUGCGCUGAACAAUCCGUUGGAAUAUAUCCGCGCCAGCAAGGAGUACCGGCUGCUGUGCGAGAUGGGCCACAAGAAGGAGGACGUCGAGUUUGCCCUGCGUACGACCAGCAUGAACAUUGACGAGGCGAUGGAACUGUUGCGUCAUGGGGCAUCUGUGGCCGGAUUAUCCAGUGGAUGGCGUCGCACACUGUCCGAGGAUCAUGCCGGGGGGCUCGGAAUGGGUUUCGAUGGUCCGUACUCGGGCCGCAUACCACCGCUGAAUCAUGCGGCCAGUGGAUUGUCUUACUCACAGAACAAUCAACAAAACAUGCUGAACAACAUCCCGGGUGGUGGUCCAGUGGGUGGACUCGGCCUGGACGGUACCGGGCCGGCUAAUCUCAUGGCACUGAACAAUCUAAAAUAUCUCUCGCAGGGCGCUGGUGGCGCUGGUGGCGCCACCAUGGCACCCUUCAAUCAUAACUCUCUGCUGCCACCUGGUGGUCGCGGACCAAACCAGCAGUCCCAGGCACACCAGCAGCAGCAGCAGCAGUUGGCAGCAGCGGCAGCAGCACAACCCACCAACCAGCAGCUUCGUGUGCUGGUUCAUCAGAUCCAGUUGGCGGUGCAGAAUGGUUUCCUAAAUCAUCAGAUCCUCAACCAACCGCUGGCACCGCAAACAUUCAUCCUGUUAAACCAGUUGCUCACUCACAUAAAGCAAAUGCAAAUAACUCAAAGCAACUUGGCCCGCAGUGGUGCAACGGGCGGCGUGAGUGCCGUUCAGAUGACACUGGCGAUUAACAAGCAUAAGUCGCAGAUUGCCCAGCUCCAGCAGCAGAUCGUUACCCAGCAGAGCAUUUACUUGAAGCAGCAACAGCAGCAGCAACAGGGACAUCAAGGAUCGAUGGGACCGCCGCCACCAUUAAUGCCGGGCGCAAACCCGAACGCUGCGCUCGGUUUGGACUUUAUGCGCCAGCAGCAGCAGCAGCAGCAGCAGCACCAGCAGCAAGAUCUCAUGGCAUUGCAAAGCACCUUCGGCGAGAUGGGGCUCGGCAAGGAUCCAAUCAUCACGUCCACCGGUAGCGUCUUCCCGCCACCGAUCGUUCCCGUACAGCAGCAGCAGCAGCAGCAUGCCGUCGUGUCGGCAGCUGCCGGCAACGUCGUUGUCAGUGGCAGCACUAGUCAGCAGUCUCGCUUAAACCAGUGGAAGCUUCCGUCGCUCGACAAGGAUCCGACCGCUGGUAAAGAUGAUCUCACCGAUUUUUCGCGCGCUCCCGGUCCGUCGGCGGGCAAAUCAGCGCUAACCUCUACCACUACCAGCACUAAUAUAAGCUCUCUAGGUCUCGUGCAAGAUGGAACCUGGACUACCGGUCGUACAAAUCUAGCCGAUGGUUGGCCAGAGCAAACCGGUGAUACCGAUAGCAAAGACUGGACAACGGCCACCAACGCUGCUUCGCAGGACAGUUCCGCUUUCACAGACCUAGUACCUGAGUUUGAACCGGGCAAACCAUGGAAGGGAACACAGCUUAAGAUUGAAGAUGAUCCUAGUAUUACACCGGGCAGCGUCGCCCGUUCGCCACUCUCGAUUGCCACCGCCAAAGACUCCGAGCUGUUCGGUGGUGUUGUAUCGGUCGCUGAGAAGGCGUCGCCUACCGUAGCCGAUGGUGGAGGGCUGAAUCUUACGUCUUCCGCUUGGAGUUUCAACACCGCUUCGCUAACGUCCGCAGCAAGCGGCAAUGGAGGUGGCUCCGGUGGCAACAAACCGCUGGCCGGUAAAUCCGUCUGGUCGGACAGUUCGGCCGGUGGCGGCAGCGGCAGCAACAACGCGGCCGCCGUUGAUGUAUGGUGCACUCCGAUCACCAAACCAUCGGCUACACGAGGCCCUCCGCCCGGUCUGGGCGGCCCGGCGGCCAAUAAGAGCGGCAACGGUGGAACUGCCGCCGGUACACAGCAACAACGUGGUGCAGGAUGGUCCACCGGAACAUCGUGGCUUUUGCUGAAAAACUUCACUUCCCAGAUCGAUGCAUCGACAUUGCGCACGCUUUGCAUGCAGCACGGUCCGAUCCUUACCUUCCACUCCUAUCCAGCCCACGGGCUGGCCCUGUGCCGAUACGCGACACGCGAGGAAGCGGCCAAAGCUCAACAGGCGCUCAACAACUGUACACUCGGCUCGAGCACGAUCAGUGCCGAAUGUCCGGCCAGUGAGUCGGAGGUGCAAACGUAUCUGCAGCAGCUUGGCGGUGCAGCCGCAGCUGCCAGUGUGGCGGUCAGCAGUAGCGCCUCGAGCCUAACGUCUCCGACCUGGAGACAGGAGCGUACUUCGAGCAGUUCAGGCGCCGACACCUGGGGCUCUGGAUGGGCCAUCGGUGGCAGCUCCGGUGCGAGUGGUGCCGGCGCAGCAGCAGCCAAUCUGUGGGCACCGCUGGAUGCCGGUACGGACAGUGGAACGCCAACCAGUUUGAAUUCGUUCCUACCGGACAGUUUGCUCGGGCCGGAGCUAAACUAAAUUCGGUCGAGCUUGAGCAGCAUGAUGCCGCAGCAGGAAGAGUAACGGACUUUCCUUUAUUUUUGAAGACUGUUUUUUGUUUGUUUCUGUGUCGUUUUGUUUACGAGUUACAUACAUAGCAAUAUGUAUAGAUGGAAUGGUUGCAAAGAAGCCAUAUUGUGGCCUAUUUUGCUUCUUUUUUUUUCAAACCAUCUUUUACACACUAGCGCAUUAUCGCACAGCUAUCAAUGAUCGUGUAUUUGGCUUUUCAAGCCAUUUGGUUUGUUUUGUUUUAUCACUUUAUUGUGCACCAAAAUAAGAACAAUCUUACUUUGAAUGCCUUUUCAUUCCUAAUCCGUCUACUUCCGAUGGUGCAGCUGCGACUUUUGGCUCCGCAAAGACGCAAAUAUCAACCCGUGAACUACUCAAUAUUCAGUGCAGUGCAGUUGCACUGAACAUGUUUUAAUGAACCAGCAGACGACCCCGAUCAAACACAAGCAGCUGAAGAGUAGCGCUGUUUACCAUACGAAAACCAUCCAAUGGGUUAGCAAACUGUCCUGUCCAUCGUCCAUAUUGUGGUGGACGAACUUGUAAACCGAUCAAAGGCGUGGAACGAAUUGUGUGCUGCACACACGUAAAAAUACGAGAGCACCGGCCAGACAGGCUCAGCAGGACCCGAAUGCCAUCGCAAAGGAAACAACAGAGGAAACGGCAGGUCCAGAGACGGAAGGCAGAAAAGAACAUAUUUAUUACUUUUAAUAUACACAUCAUGCGAAAAAGCGCAGCAAAUGAUGAUCAGACGAGAUGAGACGAAGGGGGAAAGGAGCAAAAAUAUGAACCCGUAUUAGAUUUACUAUAUUAUAAAAGGUAUACAUAAAUGUUAUUGAAUUAUUUUUGAAAUUAUUUAGAUAUAAUGCCAGAGAUAAAUAAAACGAAACCAUCAAAUAUGAUCUAGCGAACAGCAAA